AUGCGCACGAUCAUGCAGGCCCUGAAGAGCAGCAAGGAAAAGCUCGUGCAGCGCGUUGAGGGACUGAAAAAGGACUUGGCAGACUGGAGGGUCAGGCUGAACAGCCAAGUGGAGCAGUGUCAAACAGAGAUGGGGGGCCUUCGCACACAGCUGAUGACUGAGAUGGAGGCUCUACGGAGUGAGUUUUUGGACAUGCGGACCAGCCUUCAGAAGCAGAUGGAUGCCAGCUGGACUGCUGUUGACAAGACAGAUCAGCCGCUGCAAGAGAAGCACAAGCCAGUGGAGGCCUGA